AUGGUUCGAAAAUGGGAUAAGCUUAAGCUUCCGCCGGAAAAAAGUGCUAUUGUCGCGACCAUCGUCAACUUCUUAGGCCGCGCCAUCGACAGGGCGGCGCGCACGCUUAGCAGGCCCACGCCGGACUCCGGGCACGUGGUCCCCAUGGCCAUGGGCCGUGUCAGCGCCACCGAGCCCGAGGACGUCGCCAAGCAGUGGAAGGAGAUGGGGCCAUGGCGGGAGGAAAUCAAGAAGCUGUACGACAAGUCGAGCGUGUUGGACGAGAAGCACCGCGAGCUGUUUGUUGGCUGGCUCUUUGAGCGCUUCCACAAGCUCGGCAAGUCACAACAGAGCGUCUGGCGGCAGAAGAGCCUACAUUUUGGCCAGCUCAACAUCUGCGGCAACAACUCGGGCGCCAGACAGGACACUGUACGGCUGGUCAUCAUGGCGAUGCCGCUGUCCCCCGUUAAGGAUGAGCAGAACGGGCCGGGCCGCAUCGCAAUCCUAACGGACGAGGAGCUAGACGUCGCCAGGCUGCGGACGAUCUCGCCGCACGUCGGUGGCACGGGCGACCUGCUGCUGCGCCCGCUGGGCACGGAAAGGGGACACGGGGGCGGCGACGAGCCGUCCAUCGCCACGCAGGCCGCUCGUGUCCUAGUGGGCGCGCUGCGGCAGAGCUUCCCCGAAACCCGCGACGACGUCCGCGCCGUGGUCGCCUUCAACGCCGGCAAGAUGACCGAGGCCGAGUGGCUGACAGGGCGCGUCCAGGGCGAGCCUGCACAUCAUGGAGGGCAACCCGGUGCCAACUCCAGCAACCUCGCAAAGAAGUAUCAAAAGCAAAAGGGACGAAAUAAAAAGAAGUAACCAUGAUCCGACCCAGGAUCGAACUGAGGACCUUGAGCGUGUUA